GUGUUCAUCAAAAUCGUGUAAGCCUCCCAUAGCCACCAUUUAUGAAUUUUUUUUACUAUUAAAAUUCUAUAGAAAGCAACAGUAUAAAAUUUACCGAAAAAGGUCAUUUUCAUUUUUUGUGAAUUUUUAGUCAUUACCAUAAUUAGUAUUAUCAUAUAAAUUAAUCUAUCACCAUUGACAAAGUUUAAUUUUCUUUUUUCGUUACUAAUCAUUUUAUUUAUAUUUUUGAAGAUUAUUUUUCAAAAAUGCUGCCACUUUCUUUGUUAAACACAGCUCAAGGACACCCUAUGUUGGUAGAAUUAAAAAACGGGGAAACAUUUAAUGGUCAUUUAGUAAAUUGUGACAAUUGGAUGAAUUUAACUUUACGUGAAGUUAUACAAACCUCUCCGGAAGGAGAUAGGUUUUGGCGAUUACCUGAAUGCUAUAUCAGAGGGAAUACGAUUAAAUAUUUGCGUGUACCAGAUGAGAUCAUGGAAAUGGUAAAGGAGGAUACUUUACGACAAAGACCAGGGCCAAGCAGUGGAAAUCGAGGACGUGGUUCUCGUGGUGGAAAUACUGGAGGAAGCAGAGCCGGAAGCUCUAGUGGCCGUGGAGGAGGUAGUGGUGGCGGUGGCGGGAGAGGAAAAUCCAAGAACCGAUAACAGUAUCAUAUUUAUAUUAUGCCGGUAAUUUUAGAAUAUAUAAGGAUAUUGAUAAACAUAAUAUAAAAUUAAAGCUAUAGUCAAUGAGAGCCAUAAUGACAAAGGGUUCAGUAAAGAAAAUGGGGAAGAAUCUUUAAUUAAUUGCAUAAGAAUUUCUUCUAGAGUAUUAACAAAAGCUUCCAAAGAAAAUAUUUUUUGAACAUGUUUUCUUCCUUGAUCUCCCAUAUUGUCACGAUCAUAUUCACCAUUAAUAAAAGAAGCGAUUGCUUGUGA